AUGUCUCCCAACGAUACCCACGGUUCUAAUAAUUCAUCGAGUCCUCCUCAAUCGAUACCUUUACGAGAUUUAACACGGCCACCCGAUUCUGCAGAUGUAGGAGAUGGAGAGCGGCGGCACACACGAGGGAGGAGUCUCUUGGCAGGCGGAGGGCUUCGUCCGAUGGGUAGUAUAAAUUCCGGUACUGGAUACGAAAGGUUAGGGGACUUCUCUCCUCUUCCAGCAGGGAGAUCAAAUCGAACAGGUGGCUCGGUGCCUCUGGCACUACAAUCAUCUAUUGAGGGGGGCCACGAAGACGAAUCAGAAACACCUACAUCACCUGUGGGAAAUCCCGCAGAUUUUCAAGCCGCCAUGGGAUUUGCUGGUCUGAAUGUACCGGACAUCAACUUAUCUCAUGCUCCUAGAGAGAGGUCUAUGUCUUUUGGAUCCGAGCACUCUCUUACACCUUAUGCGCAUUCUUAUGGAGAUACGGGGGAUAACGAUAACUCCUAUUUUCCCUCCGAUUCUGACCGAAUACCCUUGACCGAUUCGAAUCAUCUCCAACCGAUGAGCGGGGUACAACCUACGACUCCAGAUGGCCAGCGACACGAUAGAUCAAGCUUUCAAUCUAUCAGCUUCAACUCGCCAGGAUCAAAUUACAGAGGGUCUAGGCUAGGAGAUGAUCUUCCUAAUGCGGAAGCAGGCCUCUCAUCGUUUGGCACAAGGUCGGGAUCGCAGAAUUAUGGAGCUAACCUGUCUCCAUCUGGGCGCAGAUCCAGAUCUCCAUCCACCAUUGGGGCAUUAUCCAGAGCCGGGUCGAUGGUGAGGGCUAUGUCACAGCGUGUUGUCAAUCUUAGCGGGGAAUCUGAAGUUAUCGAGGAAAGUGCUAGGAGGCAGGCACAUAAUGUCGAGGAGCCAAUCAUGCCUUCAAGGAGAUCAUACGAACCAGAUGUUCAAGAUACAGCCUACCGGCCGAACACCACGUUUCACCCAUUUGAAAAACCUCCGCCAAGGACCUUGGAUGGAUCCGGAACAGAUCAAUGGCAAUCACAAGAUGCUCCCAACCCGCUCAGAGGAAAUACACUGGGCAUAUUUUCGCCGACUAACAAGAUUCGAUUAAAACUUUGUGAUCUUUUGGUUUAUCCAAUUACUGAACCUGCGAUUCUAAUUUUAAUCGUCGUACAAACAGUUCUUCUUGCGGUGGAUGCGGCCCCUUCUGUAUAUACUCAUCCCCGGCACGCUGAAUGGGGAGGUUCUUUUGUCGACUAUGCUUUGUUGGGUCUUUUCAUAGUCUUCACCCUGGAAGUCAUAGCACGUAUUAUUGUAUCCGGUUUCAUCUCUAAUGCAGCCGAAUACAGCACAAUAGACCGCCAACGUGGAGCUAAAGCGGCAAUUGUGGAUAAGUAUCGAUCCAUAUUCGCACCUCAGCGAAAAUCGUCUGUCAGAAGAGCACAAACAUCAUCUUCUGAGGAAACUACUAAUACACAAAGACCUAUUGUCAAUACCUUCGCCCAGAUGCAAGCAAUGACCAGCACUGUCGAGCAAGCUCAACGACUGCAACUAGCUAGGAGAGCGUUCCUCAGACAUUCUUUUAACCGACUCGAUUUCGUAGCGGUUGUAUCGUAUUGGGCAGCAUUUGUCCUCAGCAUAGUUGGGGUGGAAGAUGGCGAUCAUCUCUACAUCUUCCGCAUGUUGAGUUGUUCACGUAUUCUUCGCUUGCUUGCUCUUACAAAUGGUACUGCUAUAAUUCUUCGAAGUCUGAAAAAAGCCACUCCGUUGCUACUCAAUGUGUCUUUCCUAAUCGGCUUUUUCUGGCUGCUAUUUGCUAUAAUCGGUAUACAAAGUUUCAAGGGCAGUCUCGAUCGUCAGUGCGUAUGGAUUGAUCCCGAUGACAUACAAAAUGAUCAGAAUACAGCGUUCGUAAACAAUAACCAAUAUUGCGGAGGUCAGUUUAAUAAGGACAAUUCGUCUCACGACCCCUGGAUGAGGUCCGAUGGGCCCAAUCCUCUCUAUCCUCUGAUAUUUGGUGCUGCGUCGUCUAAAGGUUACUUGUGCCCCGAGGGAUCUUAUUGUGUUCAACUCACUCCCGAAUUACUUCCAUUCAACGGUACAAUUACCUUUGACAACAUAGGACAGUCUUUGGAACUUGUAUUCGUUAUUAUGACGGGCAAUACGUUUACCGACCUCAUGUACUAUACCACAGACUCCGACUACCUCGCUGCCGCAAUAUUUUUUGCAGGCGGAAUUGUCAUCAUGAUGCUCUGGCUUAUGAACUUGAUGAUAGCUGUCAUUACUUCAUCAUUUCAGGUCAUUAGAGGAGAGGGAAAAACGAGUGCGUUCGCUGCCCAAGCUGAUGAUGAUCAUCCCGAUCCAAAUGCGGACAUGCCCCGACAGGUGAGUAAAUUGAAGCAGAUGUACCAGAAGACCUAUUGGCUUUGGAUUUUGAUUAUUGUCUACGACCUCGUGAUCCAAGCUUUCCGGAGUUCUGAUAUGUCAGAAUCUCGUGCAAGACUCAUCGAUUUUUCGGAGAUCGUGGUAACAUUUCUGUUGCUAAUUGACAUCGGUUUGCGAUUUGGCUCCGAUUGGCGAGACUUUCACAAACACAAAAAAAACCUAUUUGACUUGGGACUUGCGAUUAUUACUACCGUAAUUUUACUGCCACCCAUUCGAAACUCUGGCCAGCCUUAUGCUUGGCUUACCGCAUUCCAAAUUCUCAGAAUAUAUCGGGUUGUCAUGGGCAUCGACAUCACGAGAUCCUUGAUUAUGUUGGUAUUGGGAAAUGCAAGUGGUAUUGGGAAUCUUGUUCUCUUCGUGUUCCUUAUAACUUUUUUGGUUGCGAUAUUCGCUGUCCAGUUGUUCCGCGGUGAGAUCCCGGAAUAUGAUGACUCGGGUGAAUAUAUCCAAGUAAAUUUCUCCACAAUUUUCAAUUCAUUCUUGGGGUUGUAUCAGAUUCUAUCGAGCGAAAAUUGGACCACGCUUCUUUAUAAUGUUACUGGCAUAGAAAAGACGCGCAAAACUGGCUGGAUCGGAGCAACGUUCUUCAUUGGAUGGUUUAUUCUCGCCAACUUCAUUCUGGUGAAUAUGUUCAUAGCAGUCAUUCAAGAGAAUUUCGAUGUUUCAGAGGAUGAGAAGCGCAUGCAACAAGUUAAGGCUUUCCUGACCAGGAAAGAGGUUGAUACCUCUUCUAGCAACCUCGCAUUGUCGUCCAUCCUUCGCUUUGGUCGCUCCAAGGCGAAAAAGGAUCCUCUUGAUUAUGGACCAGCAACAAUGGAGAUGUUAUUGAAAGAUGCAGUCGUCAAAGACUUCCUCGAUGACGAAAUUGUCCCCGGACAACACGAAAACAAUGCAGAAAAUGCAGCUGUCGGUGCAGCCGGUGUGAAGCCGGGAUUCUUAUCCUCUAUCUGGGGCAAUUUCAUGUCUGGAGUUGCGAACAGAGAACCGAAUCCGUUCUAUUCCAAUAUAUCAUUCUCCCUCAAGUCUGAUGACUCCAAAGGCACCAGGGCAAUGGCAAAAGAGGCUGUCUCAGCCUCAUCGCAACGCAAGAAAGCACAACGUGAAUACUUGGCAAAACACCCGUCUUACAACAACGCGUUAUUCUUUUUCAACCCCAAUAACCCUAUUAGAAGGCUUUGCCAGAAAUGUGUGGGACCUGGACGCGGGAGUGAACGUUUUGACGGCGUUGAGCCUGAUUUGACAAUUUGGUAUAGCGUUUCGGCAUUCUUAUAUGCAUGCAUUGUCGCAAUGGUGUUGUUGGCCUGUAUAACAACGCCUCUGUACCAAAGAGAAUACUUCAUAGCCAAUCCUGGCAAAUCGACUGGAAACAAUUGGUUCGUCUUUUGUGAUUUUGUAUUCGGGAUCAUUUUCACCGUCGAGGCUCUUAUAAAGGUCAUUGCAGACGGAUUUUUUUGGACGCCGAACGCGUACUAUAGAAGUACUUGGGGUUUCAUAGACGGUCUAGUGCUUGUAACCUUAUGGAUCAACGUCAUUACCUCAUUAAUGGACGAUGGGGCGAUUGCACGAGCAGUCGGAGCUUUCAAAGCCUUGCGGGCUCUUCGAUUGCUCAACGUCAGUGACAGUGCUAGAAACACAUUUCACUCUGUGAUUCUUGUCGGUGGUUUCAAAGUUCUCUCGGCCGCUUUCGUUUCCAUGUCUCUCUUGAUCCCUUUUGCAAUAUACGGCGUAAACCUUUUCAACGGCCAGCUUGAGACAUGCAACGACGGUGACAUCAAUAAUCUCACUGACUGUUCCGGCGAGUAUUCCAGUGCACCGUUCAGUAGUGAUUGGAACAUCGUGUCGCCUAGACAAGUCGGAAAUCCCUGGUACGAUUUUGAUAGUUUCGGCGGUUCCCUAUUUAUCCUUUUUCAAAUCGUAUCCCAAGAAGGUUGGGUUGACGUCAUGUUCGAAUCAAUGUCCAUCACCGGCCGUGGUCUUAACCCGGGCAAUCCCACCUCUGCCGAGUUCAAUGCAGUGUUUUUCGUCAUUUUCAACCUUCUUGCUACGGUCUUCAUCCUUACUUUAUUUAUCUCUGUGUUUAUGCGAAAUUACACUGAACAAACCGGGAUCGCAUUCUUGACCUCUGACCAAAGAUCGUGGGUGGAGCUGCGCAAACUUUUAAGGCAAGUUUCUCCAUCGAAGCGUCCAUCCACCAAAGACCCACGCUGGUGGAAAGACUGGUGUUACAAAAGAGCCACUCGAAAGCAUGGAAGGUGGCAUUCGGCUAUGACGUUAACUCUUGUCUGCCACCUCAUCCUGUUGUUGGUGGAAUUCUACCCCGAGCCGGAUUGGUGGGAUAGAACCAGAGAUUAUAUAUUUCUGGCUUUCACAGUGUUCUAUUCAAUCAACGUUGUCGUCCGUAUAAUUGGCCUGACCUGGCCUCGAUUUCGACGAAGUUCUUGGGAUGUGUUCUCAAUUUUCGCGGUAACCGGGACAUUAAUCACCACUUUACUCCUUCUCACCAACUUCAACUCUCAGGUCUUUAUCCAGCUACACAAAUUAUUCCUUGUUGCUAUUGUUCUACUUUUAAUUCCUCGAAAUGAUGCUCUAGAUCAGCUGUUCAAAACCGCAGCUGCCAGUUUGACAGCCAUUGGUAACUUGUUAGCAACUUGGUUCGUCCUGUUUAUGGUUUUUGCCAUCGCUAUGACUCAGACAUUCGGGCUCACUCGUUUUGGGUCGCAGGAGACCGACAAUCUCAAUAUGCGAACUGUACCAAAAACGCUUAUGAUGCUAUUUCGAAUGUCUUGUGGAGAGGGUUGGAAUGAAAUCAUGGAAGAUUAUGCGACGAUAUCGCCUCCAUUUUGCACCCUUGGCGACAACUUCUACGACAGUGACUGUGGAAGUCCCACAUGGGCUCGAAUAUUGUUCAUUUCGUGGAACAUCGUGAGCAUGUAUAUCUUCACUAGUUUGUUUGUGUCACUCAUCUACGAGAGUUUCAGUUAUGUCUUUCAACGAUCCAAUGGCUUAUCUAAAGUCAGUCGUGACGAGAUUAGACGCUUCAAGGAGGCUUGGGCUAUUUUAGAUCCGGACGGCACGGGCUUCAUCGAAAGAGAUCACUUCCCGAGGCUGUUGGGAGAGCUCUCUGGUGUUUUCGAGAUGCGCGUCUAUUCACAUGAAGAUUCGGUUCGCAGAAUUCUCGAGGAUAUACAAACACAACCGGACAAUGGCAGGAUGAAUUCUAUUUCAAGCCCUAGUUCUUCCAGUGGUAUUGAUCUGAAGGCGUUAAAUGCAAGGAUUGCUCAAAUCGAUGGUGGCCGAGUGCGACGAGAUAGAGCUCGAUUUAAUCUCUUCUACGAAGAGGUAUUAGUAUCAGCGGACCCUGAUCGUGGCAUUUCUUUUACGACUGUUUUGAUGGUUUUGGCUCAUUACAAUGUCAUUAGUGAUAAUAAGAGCUUGAAACUUGAGGAAUUCUUACGUCGUCGUGCACGGCUACAGAGAGUCGAAGAAGAAGUUCGAAGGAGAAUUGUAGUUGGAUUUUUCGAUACCAUGUACUGGUCAAGAAGAUUCAGAAAGCACAUGGAAAGGAAGAAGUCUGGCCGCAUGACAGAUAUCCCACAAUUAGGACCAGAAGUUUACGUCGACGACGAAGAAACAUCCACCAAGAAACACAAACCAUCCACAUCAAGCAGCGGUGCCCUCUUAUCCCCAACAGACAUCACAGCUUCUCGAAACUCUUUCAUCACACAUGGACUCGACGGUGCACCACUAAGACAACGUCGCGGCACAGACACAUCAAUUAAUACGGCAUUCCCAUCAAUGUCGUCGGCAGUGAGCCCAACGCUUAGCCCUCUUAAAGCUCAUGCAGCUCAUGGAUCGGCAUUUUCAUUUGAGAGUGUGGGAUUAGGAGAAGGCGUAAGUGGUGCAAGUGGGAUGAGCAGUGUGGCGAGUAGUCGGAGGGGGAGCGCGGUCAGUGCGGAGAAUGUACUCGAGGUAUUGGAUAAAUCCGCGUGGGGAGAGAGUAUUAGGAGGAGUUUUACAAUGAGAAGACCUAGUAAUAGUGGGGAGGGUGAUGGGAAAUUACUGUGA